CGGACCGAGUGACGUCAGGCGCGGCCAUUAUGCAGGAUGACGUCGUCAUAUCUCAGGCUAUGUUGGACGACGCGCUCGACGUCAUCCUCCCGCUGGAGGAAGGCGGAGUGGACGCGCUCGGCCCAGUGUCGCCGGCGUGCGGAGGCGGCUGCUGGGGGCCGCUGCUCGGCGAGACUGCUCCCUGCUCGUUUGAUUUCCAGCGGCCGCAGAAUCCGGGCCACUUCAAGAACAAGUUUUGCCCCGCCUGCCGCGCCGGCGGGAUUCUGCUUCCCGUGUCACGCGUGCGCGCGCUGGCCGCGGAGCAAGUCGCGGUGCUCAAGAAUGGCAAGGGGGAGGGGGUGUGGAGCAGCGACCUGGCGCUCGGGCCCGCGCGCUUCCGGCUGUGCAACCACACCGCAAAGUGCAGCGGCGGCACGCUGCUGCUGCGCGUCUCGAAAGGAACGCUCGUGCCCGCCGCGGCGCUGCAGCUCAAGGCGGACGACGCGCGGCGCGCCGCCGCCGCGGCCGCCACGGCUCCCUUUCCCCCCUCCUCCGCCUCCGCCUCCGCCUCCGCCGCCUCUGCGCCCGCCGCGCCGUGGGCGCCUCUGUCGGUAGUCGGCUCGAAGCGGCUGCGGCCGCUGGACGCGUCUUGCUCCGCCUCCGCCUCCGCCUCGGUCACAAGCGAGAGCGGCGACGGCGUCACCACCGCCGGCUGCGUCGACGAGGCCGAGUUCCUCCGCUCCGUCGUCACGGCGCAGGCCGCAGUGCGCACCGCCAUCGAGGCUCGCGCCGCGUCGGGCCCGAUCUCCGCGAGCGUCGCCUCUGCCAUCCUCGAGCUGCUCCGCUGCACGUCCGAGCUGGUCGCGGCGCAGAGCGACCUUGCGCUCGAUGGCGCCGUCGCAUACCGCGGCUGGCCGCGACGGCGCAGCAAGAGCGGCGGCAGCAAGAGCGGCGGCGAGGCUUUCACGCCGCUGUCCGAGGUUGGCGAGGAGAAGGAGGAGGCGGAGGAGAAGACUGACGGGGACACCGACUCGGACGACUCUGCCGACACGAGCCGCACCGGAGACACUCGCGAGACAAACAGCGUCCCCAUCCGCUCGGGCCUCGCGGCGCGGCGCGAGGAGGCGCGGGGGACUCUCGCGACGCCAUUCUCGUACGCCUCGCUCGCGCGCGCCGUCGACAGCCGCGGCUCGUCAAACAGCCUCCUCAGCAACAGCGAGAGCUCACGCGCGCGCAGCAGCGGCCGCACGCCGCGCGAGGGCAGCCGCGGCCGAUCCACCACCAGCCGGCGGGAGAUCGGCGCGUUGCCCGGCGUGUCGGAGUCGGUCUCGCGGCUGGUGCGUCGCACGCUUGUGCGCGUGGGCCCGGUGACGGGUCGCUUCUACGGCUCGAAGCUGGCCAAGCAGGCCGAGAAGGCGUUCGAGCGCUACUCGACCGAGUACCACCUGCAGCAGGUGAGGCUCCGCCUCGUGCUCUGCGCGGUGGCGGUGCCGCUCAUCCUGCUCGCUAACACAAACACGCACCAGGGCAGCACGCACGCGGCGCUCGCGCGGCUACUCAUCGCGAUGCUCGCGCCGCCCACGCUCCUCCUCACCGCCGCCCUGCUCAGCUGGUUCCGCCCGACGCGCCGUUGGUGGCGAUUCCACGUCGUCGCGGCGCUCGUCCUCUCGUACAACGCAGUGGUGUGGUCGGACGCGCUGCUCGACUUCAGCACCUGGUCGUCGCACGACAAGGAGUACCACACCACUUGGCAGCUCAACUGGCUCAUGCUGUCGCUCGCGGGCUCGGGCUUCCUCUUCUCGCUCGACCUCACCUGGGCCGCGCCGCUGCUGCUCGCAAUCUACUGCACCUACCUCGCCGCGACCAUCUCCCUCUACGCCCUCUGGUGGAACGACUCGGAGCAGGGGGGAUGGACGUGGGAGGUGGCGCGGACGGCGAUGCAGGACCCGGGCGAGGCGUACUCCCAGUGCGAGUGGCUCGACGACAUGGUGGGCCGCGUCGACCUCGAGAAGAUUGCGCGCAACGACGACGAGCGCGACCUCGUCGUCCAGAUCCAGCAGACGCGUGGUACGGGCCGCCGCAGGGAGCGAGCCAGUGCGGCAGGGUGCGGCGGGUUCUCGCAGGACCUCCUCUUCGCCUGCACCUCCGCGCUCGGCUUCGGCGGCAACAAGGAGGCGCGAGAGGCUGCGCGCGACUCUGGCCAGCUCGGCCUCUGCAUCGACGCACUCGGCGAGGCAAACAUCACGAUCGCGAACCCGCUCGGGCUGCUCGCGCCGGGCGGCAAUGGCGGCAGCCCCGGCGGAGGCAACGGCGGCAGCCCUGGGGGCAGCCCAGGCGGCGGCAGUGGCCCUAGCUCAGGGAGCGGCAGCUCGCCGCCGGGAGGAGGCUCUAGCGGCAGCUCGCCGCCGGGAGGAGGCUCUAGCGGCGGAUCGCCGCCGGGAGGAGGCUCUAGCGGCGGAUCGCCGCCGGGAGGAGGCUCUAGCGGCAGCUCGCCGCCGGGAGGAGGCUCUAGCGGCAGCGCGCCGCCGGGAGGAGGCUCUAGCGGCAGCUCGCCGCCGGGAGGAGGCUCUAGCGGCGGAUCGCCGCCGGGAGGAGGCUCUAGCGGCGGAUCGCCGCCGGGAGGAGGCUCUAGCGGCAGCUCGCCGCCGGGAGGAGGCUCUAGCGGCAGCUCGCCGCCGGGAGGAGGCUCUAGCGGCGGAUCGCCGCCGGGAGGAGGCUCUAGCGGCGGAUCGCCGCCGGGAGGAGGCUCUAGCGGCAGCUCGCCGCCGGGAGGAGGCUCUAGCGGCAGCUCGCCGCCGGGAGGAGGCUCUAGCGGCAGCUCGCCGCCGGGAGGAGGCUCUAGCCAGGGGAGCGGCGCUGGCAGCCCGCCUCAAGGCAGCACGGGGGGCGGCAAUGGUGGCAACCCAAACCCGCCUCAGGGCAACGGCGGCCAGCAACCGCCGGGCGGCAACGGCGGCCAGCAACCGCAGGGCGGCAACGGCGGCCCACGCUCGCGCCGACGACUCGACGAGACGCCGCCCGUUGCGCCGCCGCAGCUGCCUUUGCCACCGCAGCUGCCUUUGCCGCCGCAGCUGCCGCCGCCGCUCUCGCCAGUGUAUAACCUGACGCUGAUCGCGUCGCCGGCGCUCGGCGCGGCUCACUCGCGGACGACGAUCGACUGCCUCGCCAAGAUCGUCGAGCAGGCGGAGCAGCUGUCGGGCGAGCAGAUCGAGCUGCUCGCUGUCUUCUCCAACCCGACCACCAUGAUGGUGUCGAGCUCGCACGUGGAGAGAAUCGAGCCGCUCAAGGCGCCCUGGGCCAUCGGGAGACGCAUGCGACACGUCUCACGCGCGCCUCCCUUCCGACACACCCUCGCGGUUGGCCAGGAGCUCAAGUCCCUGUUUCGGCUAGUGCCGCCCGUGCACGUGCACAUCGAGCCGGCCGACUCGACUCCGCCUCACGCACGGCUGGUUCAGGCCGCCUCGCUCGCCGACGUGCGGCAGGUGCUCUCGCGCCACUCGCCCUCGCUGCUCCUCUUCUCGGGGCACUCGUUCGUCGGCACGCUCGCGCUUGAGCUGCCAUCGGGGCGCGUGCAGCUGCCUCCCUCCAAGCUGCUGAUCGAGGAGCUCUCGCCAGAGCGAGCGAGCCGCCUCUCCGCCGUCGUGCUCAACGGCUGCGAGACGGUGUCGCUCGGCUUUGAGAUUGUGCGCGCGCUGCCGCACUUGAGCGUCAUUUGCUGGGCGACCAUCACGGAGGACUCGGCUGCGCGCGCCUUCUCGCAGGGCUUCUACGACGCCGUGGGCACCUCGCUCCUCUCACGCGAGAAGGUCGACCUCGACCUCGCCUUCGAGUCCGGCCUCGAGGCCUUUGUCGAGGCUGGCUUCGCGUCGGGCGACCCGGCCGCCUUCCUGCACGACGAGCUACACCCGCACAGGCGCUUCCCCGUCUUUUCGGGCUGCUACGGCUGCUGCCCGCCUGUGCACGGCGUCGUCCUCAUGCUGCGGAGCGUGGGCGGCCGCGUCGAAGCCAAGGCACCCUCCCUCGCGCUGCGCGGCAGCCGCUGGCAACGGCAGGUCGUGUGCGGGGACUGGUUCCCCGUAGAGGAGCCUUCGGACUUGGUGGACUACGCAGCGCGCUACGCGGCCAGCCACCGCGAAGCCGCUUCGGCGCCGGCGCCGGUCUGCCAGCCCGUCAAGGGCGGCGGCGCCGUGCAUCGCGGCAAGGAGAGCGGUAAGGAGGCCGGCGUGUUGCUGGUGGGGGGCGAUGAGCGGCCGGAGGAGACACCAGAGGUUGCCGCUGCGCAGCUACGCAAUGAGGGUCGCCACGAAGAGGCGCUGCGCACCAUUGGCCGCCACCUGAGGGCCAGCAGCAGCUCUGCCAGUGCCCUCAACGCCGCAGCACGGCUCUGCAAUGAGCUCGCGCUGUCGUCGAUGCGCGAGGGCGAGGGCGAGGGCUACUCGCUCGACGCUGCCUUUGAGUAUCUGCAGGCGCGCCGUCGGAGUGGCGCUCCCCGGCGGCGAGGGCCGAGGCGUGGCGCUGCUGAGGGCUCCGAGGACGACAUCCGCGUGCACGUGGCGCUCAACCUGACGGCCGUGCUCGCCGACCUCGGGCGCCACCGUGAGGCGCUCGAGAUGGCGCACGAGGCGGUGGAGGACCUGAGGCGCGACGCGGUGGAGCGCGGGGAGGCGCCGCAGGCGUCGCUGCUGUCUGCCGCCUAUCACAACCUCGCGGUGCAGCAGGAGCGGAGCUAG